AUUCUAUUCAAAUCCUAUCAUUUUUUAGUACGAGUAAUGUUAUUAUUAAUGCUAAAUAUAUUACUCAUUGCGGAUAUAGUAUCGAAAAUAAUAUCGCUAGUGAUAUUCGUUUGUCUCGCAAUGUGGUCAAUAAGGAAUCUAAAAGUUCACGACGUUUCGUGUGCAUCUGCAACACUUCAUCUGGUGAUAAUAACUACUGUAAGCAAGGGUCUUUUAUACUCUACGGGAGGACCGGCGGAGCGGUCCAUAAUUCGAUCGAUAAUUGGAACAAUAACGCACAAUGCCUAUUGGUCGACGCACACGGUGAUCGACCAAUCACCAGGCCGCUGGAUUCGGCCGCUGGUUCGGCUAAUGCACCAGGCCUAUUGGCCGACGCAUACGGUACUCAACCAAUCAACUGGCCGCUGGCUCGGACCGUCUGCUGAAUGGAAUCGACCGGUGUUGGCUGGCAGGACGGCGAGUGUCAUGGCGGCGUAUCGUCCGCAUCCAAAAUUCGGGGAUAUCGAUCCCGUUGUCUCUGUUGAAAUUAUUAGGAUUGAGACGGAUAUUGAUAGCUUCUUUCACCCUCCGUGUAUACCAAUGCCGUUCCUGGGAAAGGCACUGAACCCCGUCCCAGUCUGGUUGAUGCUGGUUAUCCCAAGCAUGUUCGGCUACGGCUGAGUUGUCAGUUCGACGGAGUCUGACGUCCCUCUUAUGCUCAGUGAUUCUUUCUUUUAUCGAACGGGCAGUUUCACCGAUGUAGGAUCUAUCACAUCCUUUACAAGGGAUGUUAUUAUCAUUAUCAUUAAAUUGCUCUCAUUCCAGAUAAUGAGGAACCAGCAAUACUUGGCUGUCCAUCCUCCCAGUCCGUUUCCAUGGAACUCGGUCAGGAUUUUGCUUCGGUGUAUUGGGCUGAACCAACAGUGAUGGAUAAUGCAGAUGCAUCUUUGAAGAUUAACUUAACAUUCGAUGGAGAGGGGACCAAUCCAGGCAACUUUACACAAGGAAUUACUUCUCUUUCAUACAUAGCUGAAGAUACUGCUGGAAAUAGAGCUUCUUGCGUGUUCGAGAUAGUAGUCAGUGAUACUGAGGAUCCAGUUAUAGCUGGCUGUCCAUCGUCCCAGGCCAUUCCAAUGAAGCUCGGUCAGAAUUUCGCUACGGUGUCUUGGACUGAACCAACAGUGUCAGAUAACUCUGAUAAUGUUACGCUGUCAUUCGAUGGGCCUGGGGAGGAGAUCAAUCCACGCAACUUUACACGAGGAAUCACUUCUCUUUCAUACACAGCUGUUGAUGCCGCUGGAAAUAGAGCUACUUGCAUGUUUGAGAUAGUAGUCAUUGAUAAUGAGGAACCAGCAAUACUUGGCUGUCCAUCCUCCCAGUCCGUUUCCAUGGAACUCGGUCAGGAUUUUGCUUCGGUGUAUUGGGCUGAACCAACAGUGAUGGAUAAUGUAGAUGCAUCUUUGAAGAUUAACUUAACAUUCCAUGGAGAGGGGACCAAUCCAGGCAACUUUACACAAGGAAUCACUUCUCUUUCAUACAUAGCUGAAGAUACUGCUGGAAAUAGAGCUUCUUGCGUGUUCGAGAUAGUAGUCAGUGAUAAUGAGGAACCAGCUAUAAUUGACUGUCCAUCCUCCCAGUCCGUUCCCAUGAAGCUCGGUCAGAAUUUCGCUACAGUGUCUUGGACUGAACCAACAGUGUCAGAUAACUCUAAUAAUGUUACAUUGACAUUCAAUGGAGAGGUGACCAAUGCAGGCGACUUUUCACUGGGAAUAACCUCUAUUUCAUACACAGCUGUUGAUGCCGCUGGAAAUAGAGCUACUUGCAUGUUCGAGAUAGUAGUCAGUGAUAAUGAGGAACCAGCUAUAAUUGACUGUCCAUCCUCCCAGUCCGUUCCCAUGAAGCUCGGUCAGAAUUUCGCUACAGUUUCUUGGACUGAACCAACAGUGUCAGAUAACUCUGAUAAUGUUACGCUGUCAUUCGAUGGGCCAGGGGAGGAGAUCAGUCGACGCAACUUUACACGAGGAAUCACUUCUCUUUCAUACAGAGCUGUUGAUGCCGCUGGAAAUAGAGCUACUUGCAUGUUUGAGAUAGUAGUCAGUGAUAAUGAGGAACCAGCUAUAAUUGACUGUCCAUCCUCCCAGUCCGUUCCCAUGAAGCUCGGUCAGAAUUUCGCUACAGUUUCUUGGACUGAACCAACAGUGUCAGAUAACUCUAAUAAUGUUACAUUGACAUUCAACGGAGAGGUGACCAAUGCAGGCGACUUUUCACUGGGAAUAACCUCUCUUUCAUACACAGCUGUUGAUGCCGCUGGAAAUAGAGCUACUUGCAUGUUCGAGAUAGUAGUCAGUGACACCGAAGAGCCUGUGAUAGACCGGUGUCCAUCCACACAGUCUGUGAGCACGGAACCCGAUCAGGACUUUGCGAUGGUUUCCUGGGUAGAACCCGGUGUGACAGAUAACUCUAAUGACGUUACACAGACAUUCAAUGGAGAGGGGACCAAUCCAGGCAACUUUCCACUUGGAAUCACCUCUCUGUCUUAUACAGCAGUCGAUGCUCAAGGCAAUACAGCCACAUGCAUGUUUGCCAUAGUUGUCAGUGACAAUGAAGCCCCGAUUAUCAGCGACUGCCCGAGCUCUCAGACUUCAACGACAGAGCUCGGAUCAGAAACGGCGACGGCGAUAUGGGUGGAGCCCUCUGCAUCCGAUAAUUCCAACAAUGUGACUCUGACACCGAGUCGUAGCGGAGAUGCCUUUCCCGUCGGUCAGAACACGGUCACUUACGCGGCUCAAGACCCGAGUGGGAACACAGCAACAUGCACCUUUGUUAUAUCAGUCAUGGCUCCUAUGGGAUGCUCCACUAACCAGAUUAUAUCCUGCGGGAACACAGAAACGUGUGUGGAGAAUGAAUGCCGGUGCAGGCCCGCCUUCAUCCGAAUGAAUGAUGUUUGCACAGAGGCAAACACAUACAGCAUUAUAGUGCGAGCCCUAUCGCUCAACGCUAUUGAUUACGAAUACACUGAUGCCCUGAGUGACCCAAAUUCUCCUGAAUUCCAAGCACAGGCUAACGCUUUCAUUAUCGUGAUGAUGCAGAACACUGAUACGAUUUAUGGAGUUACGGUUAUUGAAAUUCGGAGAGGGAGUCUGAUAUUCGUAGCUGAAGCCAUCACCGAACCGUCUACAACAAUGGCCCAACUUUAUCAAGAUAUAGAUAGUGCUAUUCAAGGGGGGUCGGCUACUGCAGGACCAACGACCAUAGUCUUUGUUCCCGAAGACACUGUCAUCGCGGACAUCAAUGAAUGUGCAAGUACGACUACCAAUGACUGCUCGGAGAAUGCCAAUUGUACCAACAUGGUUGGGUCCUUCUCCUGCACCUGUCAUUUUGGCUACGCGGAUAGAUCACCUGCAGGGGUUGGCCCCGCGAGAGUAUGCGAGCUGACUUCACUGGGCAAUUUCCUAGGUAUUGGUGGCAUAUUUGGAGUGGCUGUGGGAGCGUGUGUUCUCGUGGCUAUGAUGUGUCUGUGUUGUAUUAUUGCUGCGAGGAGAAUGUCCAACAAACACUUCGCACCGAGAACAAGGGACCCACCGUCUAAUGUGCAUCUAUCCUCCUUUAGAAGAGCGGGAGACCAGAAGCCACGACGUCAAGGUCCCGGGCGCCCGGGGGAUGUCUUCUUUCAUGAUGACAAUCUUUACCGUGGCUAUGUGGGCGGGAAUCGCGGGAAUACUCCCAGGUCGGAAGUUAUGGGAUAUUAAAGUGCACCAAUCACCUCAGUGGCAGAUCCAGAGG